CCAAGAUAUUUGUUAGAUAGAUAGAUGCACAUACGUAUAUAGCUAUAAAUACAUACGCAGAUAUAAUUUUGGAAUUGAAUAAAUAUGAGUCUGUUUACUUUUAACUGUUUUAAAUAUAAAGAAAUUUAUCAGUUUUGAAAGAUACAGCUGUUUGGAGAUAUCACCUGAUAUAACAAUUUUUAUAUCCUAAAUGAUCACAAAUUUGCGAGAUUUUCUGCCAUUUUUCUUUGCAUUUUGGAGAUCCAUAUUUAAAGUUGUUGAUCAAAGAUUUAAAAGCUGGCCUUUGAGCGAAAAACUGAACAUUUAAAUUUAAAACAUAUACUUAUGGCUAUAGCAGUAUAAAGAAGGUUAACUGCCAGUGAAAAAAAUAGGCGCAAUGUGAAUACGAUUUUUUCCCUUUAUUUCUGAAUUUUCGAAAGAAUAAUGGCAGGUGUUUUCUUUCUAUGGGCCGCAUUUAACUAUAUGUAAAAAAAUAAUAAUAACAGAGAGAUCUGAUAAAUUAAAGACGGAAGUGUAAGAAACUAUAUAACAAAGAACUUAUCCUGGUGACAAUUUUUCCUAUGGCAAGAAGAAAUCGAAUAACUCCCGAAACGUUUACCCUUAGCUUUGAAGAUGAAAGUACAAUGAAUGAUGCCUUUGGAGCAUAUUUCUCAAAGCGGCCAUCUGAACUAAGUACAAUCGCGCGCAUAAUCAAACCAUUUGGUUUCUUUCCUUUCCGUUUCAGGUCAGAUACAAAUAAUGGAAACUUACAUACCGAGAUAUCAACAUUUUGGUUGCUGAUAUCAAUAAUCAUAUUAAUUGGACAGCUAAGUAAUCUUUCGUUUACAGCAGGUAGUUACAUCCUAUAUGACAGUGCAAAGUGGUCUGGUUUGGUUCCAACAGUAUGGUUAUUGACGCCCUCCAUAAUAUUUAUCCAGUCGACAUUUUACCAAAUCAUUAUGUUGCUGCGUAUGAAAAAGUUGCCUGCUGUUUACCAGAAUGUAGCUACCCUUCUUUCUAUUUUGCAAAUACCUUCAUCUCGGAAGAUAAAGUCUGCUAUAAUUUUAAUUACAUGUUUUGCUCUGUUACUACCUUUUAUAGCCUAUAUUAGUACAUGCAAAACUAUAUCUAAGGCUGCCGUAUUAAAUAAAGCUUUGCAAUCUGAACAUUGCACGAUAUGGUAUUCCAAGAUGUUUUCGCAGUUUAGUCAUGAUCGUAUGUGGUACAUUAUAUUAGGCAUACAAUAUAUAGCCUUAUUUCUAUCAGCUAUAGGUCCUUUGUUAUUAGAGCUAUGGAUAGCCGUAUGUACAAAAUAUAUAUGCGAUGUCUUUCGCUAUCAUUUAGAAAGUCUGAAGAAUAUAAUCGUUGAUGAUAAAUUCGUUGAACCUCUUAAAUUAUCGGCAUGGGUUCGUGAUUUCUCUUGGGCAUAUUCUCUAACUGACGAAUUUGUGCGCUUCAUAUCCCCAAUGCUACUCAUUACUCUUGUGACAAACCCAAUUAUAUUUUGUUUACAAGCCUUUUGGCUAGCUGAAAGUCAUAAUUAUCGCAUGUUCAAUUCUUUGGAAUCAGCAGUUUUUCCUGUAAUUAUUCUUGUGUCUUCUUUUUUAAGGGUUACAUAUUUAGGACUUUCCGGCGAGAGUUUUACAGAAAAUGUUAAUGCACUGUCGAAACUUGUACCGCAGCUUCCUCAUAAUGGAUUCCCAACAGAAAUUAAGUAUCAGGUUGAUUUAAUAAUGUACAGAGAAGUUGUUUCGCCACUUUCUUUAACAGCAUGUAGUUUUGUGUCAUUUUCAAGAAUGCUCAUAACAACGGUACUGGGAGCUACAGUGACGUAUUUAAUUAUACUCGUGCAAAUGUCAUCAGAGAAACCGUGCUCUUGAAAUACGGUUCGUGCAAGGAAGCAAAUGUAAUGAAAAAAUGCUGCGAAACUGUGACAGAUAUUGUUCUAUUAAAUUUCUUACAUAAAUUAAUAAA